UGUGAGACACAGAAACGGUUGAAGGACAGCAGUAAUCUCUGGAGGCCUCGUCACUGCAACACUUUAAUGGUCGGCCGGCGAGGAAAACUCAAUGCUGCUGCUGCUGCUGCACUCUGUCUGCUUCUCUUUCUGCUGUAAUUCUGUCUGCCUCUCUGAUCUGAUCUGAUCUCGUCUGACAGCUGCCCGCCUGUAUCCUGAACCCUGGUUGUCACGGCGAUCUCUCCAUAGAGACGCACUCCCACAGGUAGGGGAGGGCUUAAGGGGAGGCAGGAGACCCUCACCUGGAUGGAGCUAGCAGAGAGCAUGAAGGAGAGAGUAGAAGCAGAGAGAUAAGAGGAACAAGUGGAGUCAGAGGGAAGAGCUGCAGAAAGAGGAAGUUCAAUCUUCAGGAUGGGCUAUGAUCUGGAGAGGUUUGUGGGUUAUGUGAAUGAGGGGCUGCUGUGCUGUGUGUGCCGGGACGUGUUAGAGCGCCCCCUCCAGGCGCCCUGUGAACACGCCUACUGCAGCGCCUGCAUCAGCAGCUGGCUGCUCCACCAUCACUCCUGUCCUGAAGACAGACAGCCGCUGGACGUGGGCAGCCUCAAACCGCUGUAUAGGUACAUGCGUAACGACCUGAGCCGCCUGCAGAUCCGCUGUGUGAACGCUGGGCAGGGAUGCGAGGUGAUCUGCUCUCUGGAGAGUCUCCACACACAUGAGGACGAGUGCGAGUUUGCCUUCAUAUCCUGCUCCAACACAGGUUGUCCCAUGCAGGUAGAGAGGCGGGGCUUAGAGGCUCACCUGUCCGAAUGCAACUUCCGCAGCAGAGAGUGUCCCAACGGCUGUGGACACACUCUGCUCUCUGUGGACCAAUCACAGCACAACUGUGUGGCGGAGUUGCGAGCGGAGGUGGAGCUGCUCAGGGCGGAGAUGCUGUGUAAGGUGGAGGAGGUGAGACGAGAGAUGGAGUCUCGGCUGGACUCUCAGAGGAGACACAUGGUGCAGAAAGAGUCGCAGCUGAAGAGCGAAGUGGAGGAGCUAAAGUUCCACGUAACCAGCUCUGAUGUAACGACGAAACGCCGUAGGCCGAGGACGUCGUACAUCGAGGACCCCUGUAAUGAAAGAGGAUUACCUCCAUAUUCUUCUGGAAAACCUAAAAUCAUCAGCCAGAAGGUUGAUCUUGGAUGCAGUUGGAUGUUUCAACAAGACAACACCACCAAACACACAGCAGAAGAGGGUCAGUUGUCCCGGGUGAUGUGCGACAUGCGAGCCCUGCUGGGAGCCGAGCGUCUGAGGAGGCAGGAGCUGGCUGAAGCAGAGCUGGAGAAGAGGGAGCUGCUGGAGCUCCUCAGAAACCUUCAGCCCACCAGGAGCCAGCCUCCUGCCGACCAGGCGUCCAGGGACCAGAGUCAGGUGGAUCCACAGAGCUGGGAGCUGCACACUGAGCCGAUAAGACACCAGCAAAGAGAGGCUGGUUUAACUUUACACGCCUCCAGUCUGUCGCUGCAUUCGGCUUCACAUCCGUCAGGUCCGCCUCCGUCACCUCAGCUGGGAGAAGCGACAAGGAGAGGAGGAACCAGGAGUCUGACGCUGGACUGCAUCAAAAGGAAGAGCCGGGAGGUGACGGUCAUCUGAGCACAACCUGAGAACGUUAGCCAAACUGCAAGACAAUAAAUCUUUAGAUGGAUGGGAGUUUAGAACUUCGGCUCUAUGGUUGUUUUUUUAGCGAGAGUUUUGAUUAAUCAUCAGGUAAAAAGUAAAGAAACUUUGACGCUGUGGAAUGAGCUGUCUGGUGCUUUAAAGACAGUUCUUCUUGUGUAAUUCAUUCCCAGCAGGUUUAUGUGAAAGUAAACGUUCAGUUUGUAGGCUCUUCUGUCAAACAAAUGAUUGUUUGAUGCCACUUGGAUUUUGUGUCCCUCAGGUUUCCAUUAAAGGUGGUUAUUUUCUUGA